AUCUUACAAUAUCGUCUGCCCCUGUCUGUCCGUCUGUCUCAAUCUUCUAUCCUUUCUAAUUGGACUUUGUGUUUUGUUUUUAAUGUUGUAAAGUUUCAUAAUUUUAAUAAAAUGUGGAGGAAUUUUGUUGUACGUAAAUUAAUUCACAGGAAUCAAAUACAAAUACCGAAGACAUUUCAGCUUCAACGAGCGUUAUAUUUCCAGGCCCAGCGGUUUGUAACGUUGUCUGCCUGCUCUCAGUCGAGAGGGUUACUGCAUGAACAGAAUCUAUACCAGUAUAGGUACUAUUCGUCCGAUGCCUAUCCAAACCAUAACAAAGUACUACUGCCAGCCCUCUCUCCCACUAUGGAGAUGGGUACAAUUGUAUCCUGGGCGAAAAAGGAAGGUGAUAAAUUAAAUGAAGGCGACCUAUUAGCCGAAAUUGAAACUGACAAAGCAACAAUGGGUUUUGAAACUCCUGAAGAAGGUUAUUUAGCAAAAAUAUUGGUAAAGGCUGGCACUAAAGAUGUACCAAUUGGUAAGCUUGUGUGUAUUAUUGUGGAAAAUGAAAGCGAUGUCGAAGCGUUUAAAGACUACAAAGAUGAUGGUUCAUCUGCUCCAGCUGCAGCAAAACCUUCCCCAACCCCAGCUGCUCCUGCACCCACCCCCAUCCCAGCCACCCCUCCCCCUCCUACUCCUACCUAUGCACCUCCUGUAGUAGCUGCUGCUCCAGCGUCAACCUCUCGUGUGUAUGCUAGCCCCUUAGCCAAGAAAAUUGCUGCUGAAAAGGGUCUCAGUUUAGAGAGCAUCAAAAGUGGCUCUGGACUGUUUGGCUCAAUCAAAGUUCAAGAUCUGGGUAAAGCCACAGCUGAAGUUGUGUCUUCAGCAGCUGCGACUUUGGCUAAGGGGGCUGUUUACGUGGACAAGCAAGUUUCCAACAUACGUGCUGUCAUUGCCAAGAGGUUAUUGCAGUCCAAACAGACAAUACCUCAUUACUAUUUGUCCGUAGACAUCAACAUUGAUGAAGUCACGCGACUUAGGACUAAGAUGAACACCAUGCUGGAGAAGCAAGGUGUCAAGCUUAGCUUUAAUGAUUUCGUCAUUAAAGCUGUUGCUUUGGCAUCAAAGAAAGUUCCUGAGGCUAACUCUUACUGGAUGGACUCUGUUAUCAGAGAAUUUCAUUCGGUCGACGUCAGUGUUGCUGUGAGCACUGAUAAGGGCUUGAUUACACCCAUUGUUUUCGACGCUGACAAGAAAGGGCUUGUAGAAAUAAGCAGUGAUGUGAAGAGGUUGGCAGCUAAAGCUAGAGAAGGGAAGUUAACUCCACAAGAAUUCCAGGGUGGUACAAUAUCUGUCUCUAACCUGGGUAUGUUUGGAGUGAAGAACUUCUCUGCAAUCAUCAACCCUCCACAAGCCUGUAUUCUUGCAGUAGGCUCUGUUCAGAAGAGGAUUAUUCCGGAUAAAACAUCACCUACAGGAAAAGCUGCAGACUUCAUGGCAGUGACACUGAGUUGUGACCACCGUGUGGUGGACGGCGCUGUCGGGGCACAGUGGCUGGCGGCCUUCCGAUCUCUCCUCGAACAGCCCGAGACCAUGCUUCUCUAGUUACCUCCACAUUAUUGUAAAUAUCUUCCUCCAUACAUGUGCUUUAAGGAAUUUGUUUUUAUUUUUUACUCCAUAGUGGAUAACGAGCAUUUGUUAGCUUUAAAACUACUGCCAUCUGAAUAAAAACACGUUUAUUUAUAAACCGUACUUUGUUUCUUUUGGAACAUCAGUUAUACGUGUAUAUAGAUUAUAAUAUAUAUAUAAUUGUUACAAAAAUAAAUGUGGAUCUGUUAGUUC